AUGAUUAAGUACUUACUUUUUGUAUGUUUGAUCACAACACCUUUUGCCCAAACACCUGAGGCAGUAGUAACUCAUUAUGAUUUGGAUGGCAAUUUGAUUUAGGAAGACAACUCCUUACAAGUGUCUGAAGACAUUGAUAGCAUGAAUUCAAUGAUCAUGAAUUAAUAAGAUUUAUCUUCAAGUAGCAUGGAUUCAAUUGGAACUGAUAGUAUGGAUUACUCUACACCUGAAUAAGAAUCUAUUGAAAGUAGCAAUCUUGAAGCUCCCAUGAAUUAAGAUUAACCUGAAAUUGAUAGUAUGAAUGUUGACCCUAAUUCAAUGUAUACAGAGGAUUCUAUGGUGAUGAAUGAUAAUUUAGACAACUCUAUGCCUGAAUAAGAUUCUAUGUAUAGCAUUAAUGAUCCAAAUGAUAUUAAUGCUGUUGAACCAACCUAAUAAAUUGUGGAAGAAGCAUUAGCUACAGAAAGCAAUGAGGUUUCUAAUUUAGCAGAUGUUAAUUCAGAGGUUGUCAAUGAAAUUCAGAACACUAAUUUUAUUGCAGAAUCAAAUGAAAUAACUCAAGUUGAUCCAAAUUAUAUUGAUCCAAAUAAUCUUGUAAUACCAUAAGAUAAUCAAAUUGAUGUUUAAAAUAUUUUAGAAUCAAAUGUUGGAUUUACUACUGAGACUAAUAUUUCAAACACUUUAAGUUAAAAUGAAGUUGAUCCAAAUAUGGCAUUUGAAGUUCUUACAAAUACAGAUAACUUGUAAUCAUCUUCAGAUAUGGAAAAUGGUUUUGCUUAAAGUGAAGUUAGUGUUGAUAAAUCAAAAGUUAAAAAGAUUCCAGACACUAAAAAUGAUGAAGAUCCAGAUUAAGGUUCAGGCUAAGGAGAGGAAAAACCAGAAGAAGAAUAAGAAUAAGGAUAAUAGCAAACAGGUAUAAGUAGUAAUUCAUAUUAAGGAGACAACAAUGCAACAGGAUAAGGCAAUGGAGAUGCUACUGUUUAAGGUAAUGGUAGUACUCCAGGAUAAGGGGAUGGCAAUGCUACCGCAUAAGAUGAUGGCAGUGCUGCAGGACAAGGGCAAGCAGAUACUACAGGAUAAGGAUAAGAUGAUGGAUAAGGAUAAGGAUAAGAUGAUGGAUAAGGACAUGCCACUGGAUAAGGAUAAGGACAUGUAACUGGAUAAGGACAAGGAGAUGCUACUGGAUAAGGGUAAGGUGAUGAAGAUGCUAAUGGAUAAGGAUAAGGAUAAGGAUAAGGAUAAGGAUAAGGAUAAGGAUAGGGAUAAGGAUAAGGAGAUGGAUAAGGAGAUGGAUAAGAUGAUGGAUAAGGAUAAGAUGAUGGAUAAGGAUAAGGACAAGGACAUGCAACUGGAUAAGGAUAAGGAGAUGCUACAGGAUAGGGAUAAGAUGAUGUAGAUUCUAAUGGAUAAGGAUAAGAUGAUGGAUAAGGACAUGCAACUGGAUAAGGAUAAGAUGAUGGAUAAGGAUAAGGAUAAGGAUAAGAUGAUGGAUAAGGAUAAGGAUAAGGAUAAGACGAUGGAUAAGGAUAAGGACAUGCAACUGGAUAAGGAUAAGACGAUGGAGAUUCUAAUGGAUAAGGAUAAGGAAAUGGUAAUGGAUAAGGAUAAGGAGAUGACCAUGGAAAUAAUGGCAAUUAAGGUGACUAGAAUUAAUAAAAGCAAGAUGGUAAUUAUAAAGAUUUAUAAAAAGAUCUUAAAGCAGUAGAUUCUACCACUAGUAAACAAUUAGUUUAAGGAAAUUGUAUAAUUAUUUAUUCUUAAUGUAACUUCAAGGGAGAAGCUUUAGAAGCUUGUAACAGUUUAAGUGAAAUUGAGUAUUUUUUAUAAUAAAUAUUUUAGGGAAUUCAAGGCUUAAAUUAGAUCAAUAUAUAUACCUGAUGGAUUGGGUUUGACAGUUUAUGAUGGUGAGAACUUCACUGGAAACAUGCAUAAAUUCAAAUCAUCUUAAGAAUGUUUAACAACCCCAUUAUCAUUUGCAUAAUUAGCCAAUUCAGGAAAUUCUUUGAGAGGACAAAAUUUGAGAUCUAGAUAAUGA